AUAAACAAAGAUGGCUGCGCCCUUCCAAACUUUAUGUCGCUUGACUUCGUAUAAUUCAAUUAACAGUUACAUUGUAACCAACAAGCGUUUAAUACAUCUGAACUGCCCCAAAUUUCAAAAGAAAAAACUGCCAAAAUCUAAGGGCGUUGAACUAGAAGGAUUUUUUCCAAAGACAUCGAUAACACCAGCUAAUGUAGGCAAUGCGAUUGGUGGCAGUCUGAGUCUUCGUAACAACAAAGUGAAAGUGAAAAACAAUACAGUGAAUAAUGGGGGCAUAGCCGGCAUAGGGACUGAUCAUACCAUUGAUGCUUCUGAGGAUAACAGAAUCAAUAAAGUGCCCACAUUUCAGCAAAUUUUACAGAAAGGAUAUUUAGAAUCUCGUCGAAGUUUACUUGUAAGGACAGACAAUGCAGAGAAUACCAUGCGAAGUCUGGCUUCUUUUGGCCGCAUCAAUCAUGCACAAUAUAUCAUGCCAGAUAAGAGUUUCGUUUUAUUGGAAUUCGCUAAUGAAACAACUUCCACAAAGAUUAAAAGCAACGCUGCGUUGUUUUCUCAAUCAAAUCAGUUUCCUUUGAAAUCAAGAAUUUUGUGUGACACUAGGGCGCAUAAUUUCCAUGGCAAAAAAAAAUUGAGUUUAAUGCCACCUGCAUCGGAAGGUAACUGGAAUACAAAGACGUCAGACUAUUACCCAAUCCAAAACACACUUGCUGAAGAAAUGGAAUGUUUGUCCCUGAACAGAAGCUUAGAUGACCAUGACCUGAGACAGAGGUUCUUCGUGUGCAUGCUAGUAGAGGAUCUAUUUCAGACUAACCUACCAAAUGUCAGAGUCAUACCAUAUGGGUCUUGCCUCAAUGGCUUUGGCUGGUGGAGCAGUGACCUUGAUAUGAUGUUAUGUUUGAACGAUGAACCUUAUUCAGGAUUGAAUAUGAAAUCACAGUACGAAGUUGUGUCAGGGUCACAGUUCAAGUUUGUGACAGAAACGUUUAUCAAUGACAGGCACCUCGCACAGCGUACCCUGGCUAUGGUGGCAUCCUUGUUGGAGCUGAUGCCGAGGGUGCAGAACAUCGCCAAAAUACUGAAUGCCAGGGUGCCUAUUGUACGUUUUGAACAUGAGGCUGUAAAAAUGGAAUGUGAUAUCAGUAUACAUAGCAUAGACAGUAUCAAAAUGACAGAAAUGCUUUAUUUAUAUUCGGUAUGUGAUCCACGAGUCAAACCUCUAAUGGCCACCAUCAAGCAGUGGGCUGUGAGUCAUAGUAUGACCUCUGGGGGGGAGCAGCAGAAAGUCACCACACUUGGACUUUUGACCAUGUUAAUCUUUUUCCUUCAGACCAGAACACCACCUGUAGUCCCAACACUCAAGUAUAUUCAAUCUUUAGCAAAGCCAUCUGAAUCAUUCAACAUUGAUGAUAUUAAAUUUGCUUUACCUGGUGACCCUAACAUUGUGCCUAAAUCUAAAAAUACAGAAUCUCUGGAGAGUCUACUACAUGGAUUCUUCUUAUUUUAUUCUGAAUUUGACUUUGCAACUAAAAGUAUUUCCAUCACUGAAGGGCAAACAUUUGAUAAGCCUGAAGACACGCAGGCUGUAUGCAUGGAAAAUCCUCUUUCUAUCAGUUUGAACAUUUGUCAGAAUGUUGGCACCAAGUCUCUGGCAAUAUUGAAGGAGUACAUGAAAGAUGCCGUCUUAAAAUUGGAAGAUCUUGCAUCCAAUGAUAAGACACCUGGUAGCAAACUUUCACCGUUGCUCUCUGGUAAGCCAGUCACCUCCAGACUUUCAGUUUUAUAUCAAAGCCGUGAGCAGGAGCCAUCUGUGAUGUUGGAGGAACUGAUCAAGGAAGAAUCUGUCAACAAGCCGGAGCUCAACUCUGAUACUACAAGCCAGUCCAUGAACAAAGUGGACCUUGUUAAUAAAAGCCAUUCUGAUGACAAAGUAGACCUUGAUAAUGAAAGUCAGUCAACACAGACUAUUGUGGAGUCAGGAAUAAAAGAUAGACUUUAAUUCCUAAAACAUUUUUUAGUAUUUAAAAAAAAAACAAAUUUCUAAGGAGAUAUCUAAGUCAGCAGCUGCAAUAAUUGCAAUGAAAUAGAAAUAAUUAUCUGUUUCUUUUUCAUAUCCAUUUUGAUGUCAGAAUAAUCCUGUGUGUUACACAAGGAUGUGUCUAAUGAAGAGACAGUAUCAAUUAAUAAAUGCCUGAGAUUAUCAGCAACAUUGCUAGUUGUUAGUUCAAUAUUCCUUGUCAUCUAUGACAUCUAGGAUACAAACUUUAAUUAUGACCAAAUAGACAAUCUAAGUUAGGCUCUUACAGAUUUCAUAGAUAAAUACAGUAAGCAUUAUAAAUUUUUUUUGUUGAAUGUACAUAAACGUUAUGAUACUUAUGUUCUAAGUUGUCUGUUAUUGAUGGGGAUUUUUUCUGUCAUCCACUGAUGGAGGGGAGUGUGACAGUUAUACAAAUAAUAUUGUGAUGUAUAAACAAAAGUCUUAUCAAGUGUGAUCGUAUUAGUAAUAAGAUACACAGUGUUUUUGUAUGCAUUUAUGCAUUCUAUUUGAUAUGAUUGGGAUAUGUCUGGCUGCUUUUUUUUUAUUGAUUUUAGUACUUGCUUUGAAACAUUUAUUAAAACAAAAGCAAAACAUUGUAUACAAUCGCA